AUGCAGAAUCUGGACGUUACCGAUGGCGGUGCCAUCUCCCUCACGCUAGACCGCGUUGGAGGGGCGGGGUUUGAGUCGCGACGGGCCUUUAGCUUCGGGACUUUCAGCGUGGACGCGAAGAUGCCGCGAGGGUACUCUGCUGGAGUGUGCGCCACCUUCUUUCUGCAAUCAGGCGACUAUGAUCAUCGCAACGAGUGGGACUUUGAGUUCCUGGGGUCGCCCAACAACUCACGAGGCAUGACGCUGCAGACCAACGUGUUUAUGAACGGCCAGGGCGACCAGGAGGUGCUCACUGCCUUUGCCUUCGACCCUGCUGCUGUCUUCCACACGUACACCAUUCAGUGGGGCCCGCAGCGGACCGUUUGGCUGGUGGACGGAGUGAACAUCCGCACGGUGAGCAACAGCAGCCCGCACUACCCCAAGGACCCCAUGAAGGUCUACUUCAGCAUCUGGGACGCCUCCCCCUGGGCCACCGGGCCCCGCACCGCCCGCAUCCCCGUCAACUAUGACUACGCGCCUUUUACCGUGACGUUCAAGAACUUCAAGUACACCCCGCUAGAGCACGUGGCAGCCUCCGCCUCUUUCUUGGCUCCUACUCGUUCUCGCGAGUGGCUAGGUGGAGUCGCGAUGAGGCAUCUCCCGCGUUCGCAAGCCCAAUGCCGCGCAUCGCACCCGUUGCGCAUGCCAGCCGCGCUACUGCUCUCCGCCCUGCUUCUUCUAUUGCUACCAAUGCUGCCUCGCAGCUAUGCUGAAUUCGGAACCAAGCCUGCUGCCGAGCCUGACACGUUGUUAGGUUCGGUGGACCCGCGUGAGGUCGUCGAAAUCAUCGCCGACUCACUGAACGAUCUCGCCGCCGCCGUGAAUUCCGGGGAUGCGUGCGGCAUUCUGGACUUCUUUCCCGAAACUUCGUCAAUCCUUCCUCCUCAUUCCCCGGAGCUGCUUCUCAACGCGAGCGCGCUGCGACUUAGCCUUGUGCAGCAGCUGCUGGCGCUGGUCAUUAGAAUGCGCUUUAAUGUCCUCGAGGCCUGGGUGGGCAAAGGCGACCCGGGGAGAGUCAGAGACGCGAUCCGGAUACUAGGAACGCGAGGAGAUCCGGCGACAGGGGCAGGGACAGCGACAGCGCAACAGCAGCAGCAUAGGGGGGAGGAGACAGAGGAGGAGGAAGAAGACGAAGAGGUGGAAGAAGAGGAGGGCGCGGAGGGCAGUGGGGCGGGUGGGGACGGCGCGGGUUUGCUGCGAGGCGGUGACCUGUUCGCCGUGGCUCGCAUUGCAUUCACUGCAAACUGCCUUGGCGCGACUCGGCGGAGCGGCCAAAUGGAGCAAGGAGGAGAGCUAACGUCAGACGGCGAGGAGGUCGAGAAACUACGCGAGGAAGCUUCCGUGAGCGAAUCAACGUGCGUGGACGGGUCCAUUCUGGCCACGUGGCACAGAUCUGCUGAGCUGGCACGCAGCGGGGGUAAGGCGACGAGCCCUGAGAGCAGGGGUUCUGAGUGUCGUUCACGAGGGGCACGCAAUGACCACUCCAAGGUGUGGCGCUUGCACUGGGCUGCCUGGAACCACGCCAACCGCACCUGCCAGAACCGCGGAGCACCGCAUCACACCACGUGGGGCAAUGCGGAGGGGUUGGUGCAGGCGGGCAGUGUGGGGGUUGCUAGCAGGAAGGGUGCGCGGCAGCUGCUGGUGACGCCACAAGCCACCGCUUGGCUCACUGCUGUGCCCGCUGAUGUCAGCAGUGAGGGGAGCGACGUGAGCAGCAGUACGGUGCAGGUACAGGAGAGUGACGGGGCGGGCAGGGGGAGUGGCCGUGAGGCGGUGGGAGGGGGGUGUGCGCAGUGGAAGGUGGAAGCAGCACUGGCAGCGCUCACAGUGGCACUGUUGAACGGCAAUGCCACUGCCGCUGCACAGAUAUUCGCCCCCGGUGCCGUGCUCUUCCCCCCGGCCUCCCUGCCCCUAACUCUGCACACGGCUGCACAGGCAGCAGCGUGGCUGCUGCCAAUCACAGGCCGCCGCCUCAUCUUCCAGCCCCAGCUGGAGGAGCUGCUCGUGCUGCAGGCUGCCACGUGGCAUGCUCUAGAGGGUGACACGUGGCAGGCUUUAGGGGUGGACACGUGGCAUGGGAGCAGAGUGGGGUCAUCGCCGUACGUGGUGGUGACACGGGGCGUUUACAGGCUGUGGGAACUCAACGGGCUUUUUGAGGGGCAGGGCAAGUUUGUGCUGCUGUGGGAGAGCAGCAGCGAGGACCACACCAGUGCAGGGCAGCCAAGGCAAGGCACAGAGGGACAGGGGCAUGUAGGUUCGAAUGCAGGAGCGUCAGCUUCGCCAAUGACGGAGCCAUACUGCUCCUCCUUCCGUGUCACCAGAGCCCUCUGGAACUCCGACAUCCCUGCCGUCCCCCCCGCCCCCUCCCCCGCUUCCCCUCCCUCCCCGCCCUCCCCACCCUUCCCCCCCGCCCCUGCCUCCCCUCCUCCGCCUCCCCUUUCCCCUCCCCCACCCCCGGGCCCCAAGCGCCCUCCCCCUCCUCCUCGUGCUCCUGGCAAGUCCCCCCCACCGCCGCCCACGGCUCGCCCCCCUCCCCCUCGCCGCCGCUCCCCUCCCCCCCCUCCACGGCCGUGA